UUCUGUCAGGCUUCAUCCACAUUAAAUUCCAGCUGGUGAGAGGGAUCAGGACGCAGACGCAGGAGAUAUCGCUGGAAAAGGGGCCGCGAGACCUGCACUGUCCAUCACCUCUUCAUCUCAUGUAACCAGACAGCGUCUGCUGGAGUCUGUUAUUUCAACUUCGUCACCAGAAAGAGACAAAAGCGAGGCGAGAGAAAAUGGGACAUACCGCAGCGUUACCUAUACUGAUGGCUGUAUUGUCCUGCUGCGUGUGGGAAAACGUCGAGGCUCUUGCCAUGGCCAAGGUGACUGGGCCAGGCCCCCAGGAGGCAGAGCCGCAGAUUGCCAUGUACUGUGGCCGUCAGCUCCUGCACAUGAACCAACAGACUGGACAGUGGGAGCCGGAUCCUCAGGGCCGACAGGGCUGCUUCAAAGAUCCCAGUCAAAUCCUGUCCUACUGUCAGGAGAUGUACCCAGCGCUUUCGAUCUCCCAUAUAGAGGAGUCAAAAAGAUCUGUCACCAUCCGCACCUGGUGUAAGAAAGGUUGGGGACACUGCCAGACACAUCCGUUCAUCGUCCUGCCGUACCGCUGUCUAGAGGGCGAGUAUGUGAGUGAGGCUCUGUUGGUUCCCGACCGGUGCCGAUUCCUCCAUCAGGAGCAGAUGGAUGCUUGUGAGAGUUACGUGUACUGGCACAACAUUGCAAAAGAGGAAUGCACUGCAGACAAUCUUGAGCUUCACAGCUACGGCAUGCUGCUGCCAUGUGGAAAUCAUUUCCGGGGCGUGGAGUAUGUGUGCUGCCCAGGUCGAGGGAAUCCCGCUGGUAAAGGAGACGCAGAGGAGAGAGACGUCCCUGCUGGUCUUCAGACAUUCACGUCACAGACCGGUGGAAAACUAAGUUCUGUUACCAAAGUAAUGGCUCUCACCGCAAGCCCCUCUCCUGACACAGAUGUAGAUGAGGCCGAUAUGGAAGAGGAGGAUGAUGAAGGGAUGGAAGAAGACGAGGAGGAGGAGGAGGAGGAGCAAGAGGAGCAGGAGAGGGUUGUCGAUGAGGAGGACGUGGAAGAAGAGGAGGAAGAGGAGGCAAUAGCUGUGAAAGAUCCAGAGGAUUAUGAAUACCCUACUGACUCAGGUCCCGACCCAACGUCAUACUAUCUGGGCUCAUCAUCAGUGGUGAAGGACGACAGCUUGACUACGCCCCGUCCCACAGACGGCGUUGAUGUUUAUUUCGAGAAGCCCGUGGACGACACCGAACACGCCAACUUCCUGCGUGCCAAAACCGACUUAGAGGAUCGCCGAAUGAAGCGCACCAAUGAGAUCAUGAAGGAAUGGGCAGAGGCGGACAACCAGUCAAAGAAUCUGCCAAAGUCAGAUCGACAGGCGCUGAAUGAGCACUUCCAGUCUGUGCUGCAGACACUGGAGGAGCAGGUGGCCGGCGAAAGGCAGAGGCUGGUGGAGACUCAUCUUGCCAGAGUUGAGGUCAUUCUCAACAACAACCGCCGCCUUGCGCUGGAGAACUACUUGACUGCAGUACAGUCGGAUCCCCCACAGGCGGAGCAUGUUCUGCAAGCGCUGAAGCGAUACAUGGCUGCAGAGCAGAAGGACCGCAGGCACACGCUCAGGCACUACCAGCACAUUGCAGCUGUUGACCCCAAGAAGGCCGAGCAGAUGAAGUUCCAGGUGUACACACAUCUCCAUGUGAUUGAGGAGAGGAUGAACCAGAGUCUUGCUCUGCUGUACAAGGAUCCAACUUUGGCUGAGGAAUUGCACAAUGAUAUCCAGGAGUUGGUCAAGGCAGAGCGAGGAGACAUCAGCGAGCUCAUGACAACCUCCUUCUCUGAGACUCACACGACAGAGGUGCGCCUGCCGGCUGAGAGUGAGGAGGAGAAGGAUGAUGAAGAAGAGGAGGAAAGAGCCUUCCAGAACAGGCCGUAUCCUCCCCGCAUCGAACCACAACCUAAUAAGGAAGGUUGUGAAUUUGAUUAUAACACAUCUGAGAAAGGUCCUACUUAUGAAUAUGAGGAAAAGAUCAACACCUCUGCAGAGCUCAAGCAGGUAGUCAACAAGCCUGCUGAGAUCGCAAGAGAUGAACUGCAACCUGAUGCCUUGGAGACAUUUAACCGUGGCGCCAUGGUGGGCUUGCUGGUUGUGGCUGUGGCAAUCGCCAUGGUGAUGGUAAUCAGUCUGCUGCUCGUGCGCAGAAAGCCAUAUGGAACUAUCAGUCAUGGCAUCGUUGAGCAGGUCGACCCCAUGCUGACACCAGAGGAACGGCAGCUCACCAAAAUGCAAAACCAUGGCUACGAAAACCCUACCUACAAAUUCUUUGAACAGAUGAACUGAGAUGCUGGGCCCACCAACAAGUCAUGCCUGACCACUUCUACCACCACCUAACCCCCCUCCCCCCACCGACCGCCCCCGUCGUAACAGUGGUACACUCCUCCUCCCUUUGACGGAUUUAUGAUUUGUUAAAAGAUAUAAUAACUGAAUAAGUGUGGGGUGCAUCCCAAACCCAUUGUAGAUGACCAACAGCAACCUAUUACCAUUACCAGAAUGUGAAUACUAAGAUAUGAUGCAAACUUUUAUAAUCCUCUGGGUUAGAGUCAAAGGAUUGUUCUUUACUUUCGUGCUGCACAACUUUUCAUACUCCGGAAGACAUUCACAUUGCAGGCAGAAAAAAAACAACAUCCCAGCGGCAUGACUUGACCUAUUGCUCCUCACUAGACACUGAAGUGGAACGGUGCGUAAUGCUUUGUAGUGUUUAUAUUUCAGUAGUGGUCUAUUUGUUUGAAAUUGUACCACGGGUUGAUCUAAUGUAUCUGUGUGGAUGAGCGUGAGAGACGGCCUCGUUAAAUGAAGGUGUCAUUUUAAAUUUGAAACCCACUCAGAGAUAAAAAGGGCAAUUAUCAAGCUCGUUGUCAGACUACCCUUACCUCCACGUGUGACUGGAACAUUCGACAAUACCUCUAAUAUUAGGACAUUAAGCGAGGAUGAGGAGAUGGUUGCCUUGAAUGUGUGCGAUACUUUAUGUUAGAAAAAAGAAAAAGAAGAAAGACCACACCAGUUGAUAUAGAAAUGUGUGCUGGUGGUACAAAAAAAACAACAUGUAAUUGACUAACGAGGAUCUUCCCCUCGUUAUCAUUGAUUAUUUGGGCAAAAUAUACCAAAUAUUCCAUUUAGCUAAUUUAGACAACGAAUGAGUUCAUUUUAUUUGUACUGCUACCCCAAAAAAAAAAAAAAAACACAA